CAAAUACUUCCUGUCGAGAGCAAAGUUGCAUCACUUGUUCGAACAAUAUAUUAUUUUUGUCUGAUUUCCACAUCGUAUCUAUGAUUGAUUGCUCGUGUCUGUUCUCUUUCGAACAUGGCGGCGACUCCAGCAACGAAUCCGUCACAAUUGCUUCCUCUGGAACUCGUGGACAAGUGCAUUGGCUCCAGAAUCCACAUCGUUAUGAAGAAUGACAAAGAGAUCGUCGGAACCCUUUUGGGCUUCGAUGAUUUUGUCAACAUGGUGCUGGAGGACGUGACGGAAUUCGAGAUCACACCGGAAGGGAGGAGGAUAACCAAACUGGAUCAGAUCUUGCUGAAUGGCAACAACAUCACUAUGCUCAUUCCUGGAGGGGAGGGCCCAGAGGUGUGAGGGGUGAAAGGAGCAUUUGGGAAACCUCUUAUUCUGUACAUGUCAGCUCUCCUUUCCUCUCAACUUUUUUUUUAUGUUUGUGUACAUUUUUAUUUUGAAGACUUUUUUUUUUCUUUUCAUUUUUAACAAUGGCUAUUUUCCCAAUGGGAGCCAUUUGAAUUGUCUUCUGAGUAGCGAACAUAAUGUUACCGUGUGGUAUGAAGAGAGAAUUAAUAGAAUAAUUGAGAAAAAAAAAUGUUUAUUGAUUUAAAAAUGUUUUUGUUAUAAAUAAAUCACACGAUGACGUGCCCCCUUUGGGACUGAUUUUUAAACUUGAA